AUGCAUCAAGAUGAUGGGGCGAGAAGUUCCAUCAAGAUGUUCGCUAAUAUAUUUAUUUCGUUUAUCGGCGCUGGAAUUUUGGGAAUGCCUCACGCUUUUAAAGAGGUAGGAAUUUAAGAGAUUCUACGCGACGCCUGCUCUCGAACUUGGCCAGUGCCACGAACGCAUAUAUUUGCACGGAGAAUGAAAGAUGCUGUGCGUAUUUUAUGAUCGAUGUUUCUUUCCUCCUGAUAGGCGGGAGUUAUCGAAGGAAGCGCGAUCAUGGCAUUGAUUGGUACUCUAAGGUAGGAUUUUUUUCCAACUGAUGAUAUUUUUCUCCAAACGCUAGAAAUUUCGUUGUCAAAUUCGGUACAUAACUUUUCAGCCAUAUUAGACAGCUUUUUGAAAUGGUUAGAGUGAAUUUUUGACAAGGACUGUCUGUAACCAUAGCAGCCAUUAAUUAUGUUGUUAAAUGUUACUGUUCUCCCGCAGUCACCCAUGAUAACAGCUCAUAAACAUAACUAGGGCUUCACUUUGAACCUCUUUUUGACUUCUCUGUCCAUCUUUUAUCACCUUCUUUACUUUCUGACAUGACUUUCUAGGUCUACCUAAAACUACCCUUGUUUGAUCAACGGUUUAUUUUAACAAUACCCGGCAGUUAAUUACUUAAAAUUUAAGCCAGAGAAAGGUUAAGAAUUUAUUUACAAAUAACUGAAAACCCUCGAGGAUCUUUAUAUAUAUGUAGGACCUGUAUUACAUUGAGAUGGUCCGAAUAUUUAUCAAUACAGCGAGAUAAAUUGUAUUAAGUAAAUAUGAAUUUUUAGUACUGGCCUAAUGAGCCACUGACAGAAAUAUUGUCAAUGCCAUUUGUCACUUGUUUUAUAUGUGAGUGGGUGAAAAAAAAAAAUGAAAGUACAUGUAUUGCUUAAGCCCAGUUCAGACAUCGUGCUUCUGCCAUGCUGAACUUAAUUCAGGAAUUAGGUGCUACAAAACAUGGCGGAAGUAUGGUGUCUGAAUCAAACUUUUGAAUUAAAUUCAGCAAGCAAUUUGGUCUGACAAGUGAUUCAGAUGUCAUACCCCUGCUGUGCCAAAUAAAAUUCAUAAAUUAUAGCAAUAUAUCUUAGUGGAAUUAUGUUACCAUGGGGGAAUCACAGGAAUCACAGGAACAAGAAUUAUUCUCCUUUGUGCAGAGGGUGUUUCAGUAAAAGCUGCGUUUUGCAUGACAUUCCCAACGUCUGAAUCAGGGUUGUGCAUCUGCUGUGCUAUAGUUGAACCUAAUUGCCAUCAAGUUCAACACCACAGAAGCACAACAUCUGAACUAGGCCUUAGAGCAGGUGUCUUCAACUCAAAGUAUACUCUUUCCAUGUGAAGAUAUUGCUGUAAUAAUAUUUCAUUGAAAAUAUAAUUUUAGACAAGUUUGGAGGUGCCAAUCACUCUGAAGUUAUAUCUCAAGUUGUAGGGUUUUUGUUGACGUUGACACAAGUUUUUCAUACUGUUAUUUUCUAUUUUCCACCUUUCCAGAAUAAUUCUUUCCUUUAAUUCAACACAUGAGCUCUAUUGUAAUAACUUUACUCUUGAUUGAUAAGUUUUACUUAUUGACUGAGUGGGAGGGCUGCAUAGGAAAAUAUUUGGCUUAAGGUUAUGACUUAUGGACCAAGUGCAAGGAAUGUCCGUGAGUCAUGAACAAGAGUGGGGGCUGACAGACAAGUCAUUAUAUUAUAAUGAUAAAUGGCUAUAUUAUUUCUCUCUUUUGUAGUCAUUCAUGCUGUUGCUCACUGAAAAUUCAUAUUUUGCUUCUUUCAGUGUAAAAGCAAUGCUAUUGAUUAUUGACUGCAAGAAAAAGUUGACAUGGAAAAAAAUGGAUCAUGUUAAUGGAGCUGUAAUUUCAGUGGAUGGAAAGGUUGCUUCAGAGGAGAAGGAAUUAUUAAAGGCAGCUGAAAGUGGAGAAGUAACAGACAAAGUAAUGGAAGAUGGGGUGGAUGAUCUCCUAGUUAGUAUUGAUAAAAUCAUGGCUUUUGUUACUUUGAUGCCAACCCACUCCAUGGCAUCAGUCUCCCAGAUGGUGUGUUGUUGCUUGUGGGAAGUAUGGAGAUCUGGUACUGAGUGUGCCUGAAUCUGGAAGGGGAGGUCUGGGUUUAAGCUCCAGCAAGGUCAUUGUGGGGGGAAGUUGAACAAGACAUUUUACUCUUCCCAGUACUUCCUUGAACCUUGAAUGCAUGUGGUACCAGAAAACUGUCAAGGAACUAUAAUCAUCAGGGGUUUACUACUUGGCAGCACAUUCAGAGGAGGAGGUUUCAGGUGGCAGGACUUCACCCCCAUCAGACCUUUGGGUUCCUUCAUUUCUUGCCUGACAUAAAAAAUUCUUAGAGAAAGAUGUUUUUUGUUUUGUCGCUAGCAUGGGACAAAGACAUGUCCCAUGCUUGUGACAAAACAAAAACAUCUUUCUUUAUUUCUUUACCAAGCUCAAAACUUACCAUCUCUCCUAUUCUAUUUAUGUAGGUUUUAUUGUGAAAAAAAAAUGCAUUUUCUGUAUCAAAGUUUUGCACCUCCUUCCUACCAAAAACUCCUGGAUCUGCCCCUGCUUCUGAUAGACUAGUACCCUAUCUUUGAAGGUUGGCAAUACUCUUGGUGGCUUUAUGGUUUAAAAUGGGAUUGAUACCUUGUCCGGGAUGACUAGGCUAGAGGAAUCCUAAGAUUUGGCCAUGCUAUAACUUGAUCUUGCUAGUGGGUUUAGGGGAAGUAAGCAACUUUAUACCAUCUGAGAGUCAGAUCUACACUUUGCAUUCCAAUCUAUGUGUAUAAUAAUCUGUAUUUAUUUGAUAUUGAUUGUAACAAUCUUGACCAUGGCAAUGAACCCUAACCUUUGAAAGUAACAAAAGUCCAGCUAAUGAUACUGAUUACAGUUGACAAUUAACUGUUGAAGUUAUACAGCUUUUCCUUAAAUUCAUAAUUGAUUUUAUUCUUUGAAGGCAGAAUGUCUGUGCUAAUGUUAAUAUUGAUCUUAAACAAAUAUUAUCAAACUCUGAAAACCAUUAACACCUGAGAUUUUUUGGAAGUAUCAAAUGAAUGUGUUUUAACCAAUCGCACAGGAGAUCAGAACAGUUAUCAAUUCUUUUGUACCUUAAACUGGCAUGCAGGACCAAGACAUAAUUUCUCCUCACAAUAUUAAUACAAUAUCAAGCCAAUAAGUGAUGAGAAUGAAGAAAAAUAUCAAUUAGGCGAUAAGUAGUUGAUUCAACAUCAAAUUCUCAGAACUAAUGUCAUAAGAAUUGUAUGGCAGACAGUAAGGAGAAUUACUAAUGAGAUCGUGGGAGUGAAAGGGUUAAGGGCUUUUUUUGUCAUACAAUAAUGAAACAGAUUUAACCACUGAACAAUCGCAAACUCAUUUCAAACUCUAACACACUUAAUAUACCUAAUAACUGAUUAUUAAAUAAUACAUGUCAAAAUUGUGGCAUGUUAUAGGACAGAGGCAUUGUAGUCUGCCCCUGUCAAGGUUGUUUGGGAAAUGGGAACAUAUAGAAUUACAUUUGAGGAGGAAGAGGAAAAGGAAUGUGGAGCUUAACAAUGUUACUCAAGUUAUUGUGUAUGAGAGGAUAGGUCUGUUAAAAGUAAAAACAUGGAAUACUAUUUUAGUUGCAGAGUGCAACCCAUGAGAUUGAUUAUGGAGAUCUUGGUGAGUGACUCUGACCAGCACUUUGUCUGACCUCACUAAAGAGGACAUAUUUGGAGAAGGGCUUUCACAAAAACUUCAUGUGCUUCUAUAAUUUAUUAACAGAAUUCACUGUCGGCACCCUGUGAAAUGUAUAGAGAACAGUAUGGAGGAUAUGCAUACUGGUGUUAGGGUGUCAAGGGUUAAACAUCAGUGUAUAAUGCAUUUUAGUUCUUUGCUGAGUUGUUCCCAUUUAUUCAGUGUGACUCUUUGUCCUUCCUUGGCUCUCCGUUUGUUUGUUUGUUUGUUUGUUGUUGCUGUUGUUUUGUUUGUUUGUUUGUCUGUUUGUUUUUACAUGUGUAUAGGCAGCUGCUUGAUACCAAACUAACACAACUCUGUUUUUGUUUCUUCAGGUUUUCAUGCAUUGGGAAAUUCUGGCAGAGCCUUAGUUGAUACAAGCAUAGUUAUUUCUCAGAUAGGUAAUUUUAUGAUUUUACAGAACAAAUUGAUUUGUAUUUAGAACUUUUAAAACAUUAAAGUUUAAGCCAUUGUUAUUUUACUUAAUUAGUUUUCCCAUGAUGGUUGGGUCACUAAACCCUCUGACACCUAAGAGUGACCAGCAUCUAAUUUCGCCUUACAAUGUCACCCCUGAAUCACACAUUAAGGUUAAGAGAAUGAAGGAAAUGAUUAACAAGUAAACAAGCUUUUGAUUGUGAAACAAAUUCUCCUUAUCAGCACCUUGAGAAAUGUAUGGAGAACAGUAUGGAGAAUAUGCAUACUGAUGUUAGGGUGUAAAGGGCCAAGUGUUGAUGGCAAAUGUGCUGGAAAGCCACCAAGUACUGAAUGCUAACUGUUUGUCUCAACAGGGUUUUCUUGUGCAUAUUUAAUCUUUAUCUCUGAUACUCUUAACAACAUGUUGCCAGUUCUCAGCAAGUGAGUUGUCAGUCUUUUACUCCUUUCUUAUUUUUCUCAAGAAUCAACUUUUUGCUCGUGAUUUUCAUCUAACAAUUGAAAUUAAAAUUUCACUGCUUGAGCUCAGGAUAUUGGAUGGCACAAUUUUUGUUGUCACCAGAGUAAUGGAUUUACUGAAAAAAAUUGUUUUAUUUUUCUGAAGGUGUACACUGUAAAUCAUUUAACACAAAAAUAGAUUGCAAUAACAAAGGAAACUAUUGGAUUACAUGGACCAGAUACUAAGCAACUGUGGUUGUUCAGUGAAAUGUGGUUUUAAUUAGUGCCAUCGAGUUGAUAAAUAAAGCACUUUAUUUUCUAUCAAAGUACAGUGACAUGCAGACACAAUUGAUUGCUAUGGCACCUUGAUCUAACCCAAAAAAUUGUAACUGCUUUAAAUAAAUGACCAGAUAAAUGAGUAUAAAAUGUGGCAAAGUAACGGUUAGGAUGCUGGAUUCUGUAUAAAGGUUUAUUUUUUAGGGUCUGAGGGGGGGUACAUAUUUGAAACUUAUGAAUAAUUUUUAAUUAAUAAUUGUUUUUGUCUUUGUUUGUUUGUGUUUCAGACACCAGUAUUUAAUGACUCUACUACCUCCACUUGCAGUUUUGGUAAACUUCAGACAUUUAAAGAAGUUAGCUAUAUUCAGGUGUGUCUUGUUAAUCUAAAUAUCUAGUCAUCAUUAACAAGUGAGAUAGAUUUUAUUGUCCUUUUUUUGUUACUUGUUAUUAGCAAUAAAUGAAUGUUUGUAUUAAGUAUCUAUUAUUUGUAAGUUAUGUUAAGCUGUUAAAAUUUUUUGUUUCUUGUGCAGUCUUUUUGCAGAUUUUGCCAAUGUUUUUGCCUACUGUGUAGUCUUUUGGUUUGAUUUUGCACACUUUGAGAAAGUAAAGUAAGUAUUAAGCCUUUAUUAAUCUUUAAUAGCGAUGAGCAUCAAAUUUCUUCCAGCAGUAUCUCCCCUAAAUCAAACAGUAAGGUCAUGAGAAGUUAAGGAAAUGAUCAUUAACUCAAGACACUUUUGAUUGUUUAACAAAUUCUCCUUCUAAGUAGCAUAGGAAAUGUGUAGAAAACAGUAUGGGGAACUUGUAUACUGAUGUUAUGGUGUGAACGGUUAACCUCAUAAAAAGUUUUUUGUACUUUCAGAAGACUUGCAAAACUUAUAUUUUUUUUGUGUAAGGGGAAGGCUGCUUGCUAAGAUUCUAUUAAGAGGUUUUGCUAAUAAAUGAAACCCUCAAUUGUACAAAUUCUAUUUUUUCAUUUAUGAAGUGCUAUGUUGUUACAUUUUUAGGAUUCACCCACAAAUUGCUAGGAUAAGUGGCCUACCAUUUUUCUUAGGAGUGGCAAUAUAUUGUUAUGAGGUAAGCAUUAUUGUGAUGGUGAUACAGACAUUCCCAACGAGAAACUUUGUGUAACUUACAAUAAUAAUCUGGUGAUUGUUGUUUGUAGGGGGCAGGAUUAAUAUUGUCAUUGGAAGCAUCCUGUGCAAGAGAUUCACGAGAUAAAUUUAGAUCGUAAGUCUCAGUUGUUUUUAGCAAAAUGGCUAAAAUCAUGAUUAAAAUUGAGUUAAAAAAGGCCUUUUAUUUGUUUUCUUUUUAUUUUGUUUUGUAAUUUGAUUAUGAAGGUUGAUAUUUAGUUUCAUGUUUUUCUCUCCAGAGUGUUUAAGCUGACAUUGUUUCUAGUUACAACACUGUAUAUUGCGUUUGGUGCCUGUGGUUACCUGGUAAGUAUCUUUCCCUUUUUGUGUUUUAAAUAUUUAUCACCAUUUAGUAACAACAGCUUUUAAUCUAAAACAGAAAAUUUAUAUUUUUUUACUGGUUAAUAAAUACUGUACCAAGUUUUAUGAUGACCAACAAAGGAGCUCUUGAUGGUUAAACAAACUCUCCUCGUCAACCUCUAGAGAAAUGUACUAAGAAACGUAUGGAGAAUAUGCAUACUGAUGUUAGGUUGUAAAUGGUCAAUUUGACAAAUAAAAAUUCUUUUUAUCCAAUCCCUGGUGGGUGAGUGACCAUCUAGAAGUGGCAGUGGACCCAGUGUAUUAGAGCAGGAGGCUUAGUUCCUGAGUGUGUUUCUUGAAAUCAUUGGCACCUCUGAACUAACUGAGGUUUUCCUUUCUUUUCAGUCUUUUGGAGAAAACACACAGCAAAUGAUCACUCUAAAUUUACCUCUUGGUAAGAAAGAAAGCUGCAAAUUGCAUUAAUAAUUACCACUUCAAAGUCAUGCUAUUUCAAAAAAUUUCCAGAGUACCGCACGGGCUGCAAUGGAGCCAGUGCAGCCAGUGCAUCUCACUUUUCCUUGUAAAUUUUGCAGAUGAGAUCAAACAGUUUAUUAUUAACCCUUUAACUGUUAAGAGUUACUGGCAUCUAAUUUCUCCUUACAAUAUCACCCCUGAAUCAAACAAUGAAGGUUGUGAGAAUAAGGGAAAUGAUCACCAACAGAAGAACUCUUGACUGUUAAACAAAUUCUCCUUUUAAAAAACCUUAAAAAAAUGUAUAGAGAACAGUAUGGAGAAUAUGCAUACUGAUAUUAGGGUGUGAAGGGUUAAAAACUAUAACAAUUUUGUAGGUUAUGCAUUAAAUGUGCUUAAAGUUCAUCUUGACUGUAGACGUGUGUUGUCUUAUUGUUUGCUCUUGGCUUUAGAGUAAGCUUAUGUAUGUAGUUUGGGAUAUUUUGGAAAUAUCUUCAAACUAGAUGGUUUAUCUGUUUUGAAUUCUUAUUAAUGAGCUUUGUUGCUUUCUUUCUAGGUCCAUUUCCUGCUGUAGUUCAACUUUGUCUUUGUUUCUCAUUAUUUUUUACUUACCCAAGUAAGUGUGUACUUUGUUUUAUUUUAAUUAAUUUUUUCCUUUUUUGCAUUUUAUUGAAAUCUUAAGGAGUUUACAUCAAGUUUUUAACUUGUAUGCGGUUGAUUUGCAGUUAUGAUGUUCCCUGUAGUGCUAUUAUUAGAGAAGAAACUUCUUCCAGAUGGAGGGAAAAGCAGCUACUACCAAGGAGUAAAUAUUAUAUUUGGUUCUGUCUAUUUGCGGAGAUUUUACGCGAUGUUCAAUUCCCAAUAUUUUGAUUUAGCUAGAUUCUCAGUUCUGGUGAAGAUUAUUUGAAUGUAUUAGAAAAGUGAAAUUUUUGGCCAUUUAUAGCUAAAUGAAAAACAUCAUCCUUGAUUUCAAUUUUUGGCCAAAAAAAAUUAAAAAGCAAAAUAAUCAGGAAAGCUUUUUUGAUGAGGUCUUCCAUUUUUUUCUCCUUUACAGGUAUUGUUUGGUGGUUAAGAGUCAAAUAAGUUACUAGAUUCUAAGAUUUUGUUGUGUGUUUUAUUCUCUGCAGACUGUUUUACGAGCCUGUGUUGUAGUACUUUCCGGCAUUGUUGUGCUUGUGAUUCCAAACUUCUCCACACUCAUGGCAUUCUUUGGAUCUAGCUGUUGUACUCUGUUAGGAUUUGUUUUACCUGGAAUAUUUCAUCUACGAAUUUUUGAAGGGUAAGUUUAUUAAGAAAUAUCAUUUGCCAAACUUUUGGUUGGCACAGAUUGUGAUUACGGCCUUCAGCUGUGGGUUUACUUAGUUUUUAAGGUAAGGGACAUCAAGCCUAGUUUGGAUGCAUUAUGCAUUGUUUAAAAUAGUGUUGAAAAAGUGUCUUUUUUGUGUGAGUCUUCAAAAGCUAUGCCCAUGUAAGAAUCAAAUGGGACCUGGAGGCUCUGCUCUCAAAAAUUGGGGAUGUGUAGGUCUUCAAACUUUAAGCUUUCACUAAAGCAAAAAUGCCAUAUGCCGAAAGAAAAAAUAGUUAGCCACCUAGGGGAUUUGAACUUGGCAAGAGAAUAUUCCUGUAUUUAUUAAACCUUUUUAAAAACUCCUUAGAUCUGAAUGUGUCUCACCCCUCUAACUGCUCCGGUUUUCCUUUUAAAUUACUUCCAAGAAUUUGCUGUUAGAUCAAUAUAACAACUUCUACCUGAUAAGUUUCAUUAUUCUCAUUACCUGUCUGCUGGAUAAUGUAUGGAUAUUGUAGGGAGAAGUUACAUGUUCAUCACUUGUGGGAGUUAAGGGCUGAAUUUGUUUAUUUGUGUGUUUAUUUCACUUUGUCAAUAACUGCAUUUACUUUCUUCUUCAGGCAUCUCACCAAAGGAGAAUGGUUUAUUGACAUAUUAAUCAUAUUUCUUGGAUUAGUAGGGUAAGGGUUAAUUUGAUGUUACAUACUCUUGAAAUAAGUUAUCUUCUGUUUAUAGAGACUGCAUCUGACAACUAAUUCCCUGUGAUGUUGAGUUUCAAGUCGAAAACUUCUCAAUCUCAAAUAAUUCUACUCCACUGUGUCUAAACAGUCGCACAUAGUUAAUUUUCAAGCAACCCACCUCAUGGUUUCCAUUUUUGUUGUCAUUGAUAGUGGCCCUGUUCAUUAACAUUUUUUUGCUACAUAUUUCUUCUACUAAUAGUUAUUUAUAUUCCAGUGCUGUUAUAGGAACAAGAGAUGCUCUUUUAAGGCUACUGUCUGGCUCCUGAUCCUGUAGUGCUUUAUCUGGGACAUAAAACAGAGUUUUUGUUUAUAUGUUUUGAUAACUUAUUCGUCAAAAUCCAAACCAACAAGAAAAUAGGAUGAAAUAAUUUUAAAAAAGAGGACCAAUAGGAAUGUGAGUAAAAAAUUGGAUAUAACAGAGUUUAUUAAAGAAUAAUAUUAAAACUUUGUAACAUUUUCCUAUUGCAGUGAAAGUAUAUAUAUCCUAAAUGAAACUCUUAAAAUCAAAUUUCAGUUGUUCAGAACUGCAGUUUAAUUGAGUCUCCUAGUAUAUAACUAACUAUUAAACAUAAUUGUUAGUUAGAUGUUUGUACAAUUAAGAGAUUAUUAUAUUUUUUUUAAAAAAACCUUGCAAUUUUAGCUUUGAUUGAAAUCAACCCUUUAACUCCCAGAUCUGAUAGUCAAUUCUCCCCACCAGCUACUACAUAUUUCCUUUUAAAUUAGUUGCAAGAAUUUGGUGUUCGAUCAAGACAACAACUUCUAUUUGAUAUGUUUGAGUAUUCUCAUAACCUGUUUGGUGGAUAAUGUAUGAAUAUUGCAGGGAGAAGAUAGAUGUUAAUCACUUCUGGGAGUUAAAGGGUUAUCAAUGAUUUUAAAUGUGGUUUUUCUUUAAGUGUGUUAGCUAGGAGGGUGGGGUGGGAAGCUGUGUCAUUCUUUUUUCAGUUGGGUGGGAUACUGUAUAUACCCGUAAUUCAAAAUAACUAUUACAAAACAAGUAAUAGGUCAUUUAAGAGAUAUUUCGCCCUGUACAGUUAUUUUUCCAAGUAAUAAGUGGGAGCACUUGACAACACAAAGAGGGCUAAAUUAUAUUUUUCAAAUUGAUAAAUAAAUGUAAUUUAAAAAGAAGGUACAAUUUUCACAUGUUGUACUGACGAAGGACAUGCGUUAAAAUAUCUUGCGAAAAAACAUUUUCAGGC